UUUUACAUCAUUUUCCCUCCUCUCUCCUCUUUUUCCUUCCAACUUACACCCAUCUCCUUGCGCUCACCGCAGUCACUCGUUUCUGCUGGAUUGAGAGGUUAUCUCCCGUUUAUUGUUGCAGUAUUUCUUUUGCUUAGUCGACCGUCUUCCUUUUGACAGGAUCCACUCUCCUUGACAUCUCCGAGACAAGCCUCUUUGUCCUAUGACAAUCAUGUCACUUUCCAGACGCUACCGAGACCAGCCUGUCGAGGCCGUCAGCCGAACUCCACGCAGCACGGCAUAUGCUUGCUUCACUGAGGAAGGCUACACAGUUGCACGAGAUGCCUUCCAUUCAAAGUUCCUCAGCCUUACUUCCGAAGUGGGUCCGUGGGCCCCAGACAGUCUUACCAGCCUGUACAACUACCUCAUCGCUGCGAUAAAGCUAAUCAACUACGGCGAAGCAGAAGAACAAUGCAGAUACAUCUUGGGACUGAUGGAAACAUUGAACAUGGGCCAAGAAAACUGCUUCAUUUGCCUCGAAUGCAUUCUAGAUACAAGUUACUUCUUGUCCGGCAAGCUUGACGACGCUGAGCAUUUAUUCAUCGACAUCAGUCAGCGUGGCGAUCUUUCCAACGCCCACAUCAAAGGGCAAUUCGAUGUCCUCUCUCUGGUUCGCCUCACGACGAAAGAUUGCCUGGUUUUUUGGGAGUCUCCGGUUAAGCUUUCUUCGAUCCUCAUUCCAGUGACUGACUACGUCGACCAGCUUGAAGGGAAGCGUCCAAAAAAAGGUCUGAUACGGUCAGGGAUAGGAUCGUUGCGCCGAAUUGCAUCCUUGAAAUGGCCGCAUUCCUCUGCCAGUUCCAGUUGCGGCGGGACGGAUGAUACAGAAUUACGGAUUCUACGGAUUCAAAAGGCGCUUUAUCAAGUUACGGCUACUAGUUUGUUCGACGUUGGUUUCGAAAAACGAUACACGAAAUCCAAAUUGUCCAUGCUAGAUCCCCUGGAAUCUAUCUCAACAGCUGCUGUUUCUGUUGUCAACGGCAAAGACGUUGUAGGUGCCGAGAUCCGAAGCGACGCAGGCGAGUUUGGCGAUGGUAUAGAGGCCGAGAAAGUUGUCGAUCUCGAGAAGGACGGUCAAGACAACUUCGUCGUAGAGCCAUUACAGUAUAGGGUUGUGAGCUGGUUGAACGACCAAAAGCAGCAUCCUCCUAUGCCCGAUAAGCCGCCCGACGAUGUCCCCAAUGGGCUCACCUAUCGAAGUAUGGAAACUACGACGAGCUCCCUGCAUGGGCAGAAGCCGCAGAAUCAGUUGGAAAUAACUUUGUGGGCCGGCGACGUCCCUCGUCCUCAAGGACAAGAACUUACCCUGUCUGCGUUACUUGAUGGUGGUGCUGAGAAAACGUGCAUGUCGGAAGACUGUGCACAGAUCCUCCGAGCACCGAUCCGAGAAGAGGAGGUGCACAUGACAACCGCCAAUGGACGAGACCUUGAAGUCCUGGGAAGCGUCCGCAUCGGAUUCAUCUGGAAAGGCCCUUCAGGCUCGAAGGUCAAGGCUAGGCUGAAAUGCUAUGUGGUCAAGGAUCUGCAGGUCGCCAUCCUCUUCUGUGCAAACCACAUAACGAAGCUGAAGCUGAGGGAUUCUUCGUCAUUACUGGCUCCCAUCCUUCUUGGUGCAAGGUCGAAACGGACCAAGCAGCACGACGCCCAGACGUCCAAAGAGAUCGCUGAACACGCCAAGGCCAACGAGCAGCGUGAGUCAGAACAAAGAAAGGCGGAGCGAACCAAGCUCGAACUACAGCCCGCUCUCAACAACAACGACAACAGCAACAACAACAACAGUAAUCAAAAGCCACGAGCAACAAUGGACUCCUUACUUGGAGGUUCCGACACCAGUGUAUCGUCUCAAAGGUCUUCUUUGACGGGCUUCCACCGCAGUAUCACCACCUCUCAUUCUGAUGAGAGCACAAGAAGCGGCACCUCAAUGGAAUCACCACGUCCGAAGACCAAUCGUGAAGACACCAGCCAUCGUCGCUCAGGGGCCCAGCUGGCCGACUCUUUUAAACUUCGAAAGAAGUAAAUUUCGACAUCAUGGGAAAUGAGGUUUACGAACUUUACGAGUACUGA